AAAAAAAUACGGAAGAGGCGAGAAUCAGCUGACACGAGCCGCCCUCCAGCUGCUGCAGCUGCUUUGUUGUUGUUGUUGUUACUUUAACCAGCUCUUGUUAUUAUUAUGGAGGACCAGGAGAUGCAGCUGAAAGUCAGACGAGUGACUGACAAAUUCACGGAGAGCAUGUACGUGCUGGCUAACGAGCCGUCGGUGGCUCUGUACAGGCUGCAGGAGCACGUCAGGAGGUCUCUGCCUGAACUGGUGCAACACAAGACAGACAUGCAGAGCUGGGAGGAGCAGAGUCAAGGAGCCAUCUACACUGUAGAGUAUGCAUGCAGUGCAGUGAAGAGCAUGACGAACAGCAGCAUGUAUUUCAAAAACAUUGACGGCCUCCUCCGUCAAGCCAUCAGCAUGAAGGAACAGAUAAGCACCUCUCAAGGAAGAAGCUUAAGUGAUGUGACCCCCUCUCCCAGUCCCCUUGUCCCUGCUCCACAUGCCCCAUCCACUUCCUCAUGACCUCUGUACAGAGGUGUCCAAGGAAAAGGACUAUGGAUUCGGGCAUGCUAAAGGAAGGGGGAGAAAAGCACAGCUCUGGGAUGUGACGUGACUUCCUGAGAUGGCCGUAUUGCUUCUACACUCCCCUGCUCUGCUACCCCUUGAUUGGGGCUGAAG